UUGAUUAUUGUUUUUAAUAAUUGUUUAUUGUUGAUAAUAUAUUAAAAUGACUACUCAAAAUAAAAAACAAAAAACAAAAACAUCAACAGGGAGUGUAAAAAAAGGACCUGUCAAAGGUCUAAAACAUGUUUUAGCUAAUCCAUCUGAGAUUGUUUGGCCAAUUUUAAGAGGUGAAACUGGCAGUGAUCUAAACGAUCUUUUAACUGAAAUGUUGCCAGAACAAAAAAAGAUAGAAAAAUCAAUAUCUUGGGGAAAAUUACGAAAAAUGUCUAAAGAAGAACGACUAGCUUUGAAAAAAGAGAGUCAAAUCAAAGAUUCAAUAAACAAAUCUGAAAGUGUCAUGAAUGAUCUUGUAUUGGGAAUCAAUGAAGUAACAAAAAAUUUAGAAAAACAAAAUUUAUGCUCAAUUAUUGUUGACUCAAAUAUUGAUCCACUUUUUAUGAUAAAACAUAUUGUUACAAUGGGACAGAAAAAAAAUAUACCAGUAUUGUUAGUGCCAUUUUUAAAAUCUGUAACGUUAAGUAAAAUUAAUUUUGCUUGUGCUGCAGUUGGUUUAAAGAAAACAAUUGAAUCUGAUGGAAAUUCACAUUUCCAUAAACUGCAUGAAAAAAUUUUGGAGUAUGCUGUGGGAUUUACAAUUAAAAAAGAAACAAAUUCUUUUGAAGAUUCACUUGUCAAUGAAGACUGUGAUACCACAGAUGACGAUAAAAAAUCUGAAAUUGUAACAAAAAAAAUUGUACCAGAACCAUUUAAAUUAUCAACAAAUAUUUACAAUUAUCGUUCAACAAAAAAAGAAAGAAUUUUUGUUCCACCAAGUGAUGAUGUAUCUCAGCUAGAGCAAGAUGAAUCUUGCAAUGAUUUUAUCUCACUGAGUAGCUAUACAGUUCCAGAAAAUUUAAAUGAUAAUUUAACACAAUCAAAAAUAAAGAAAAGAUAUAUAGAUUUACAUAAUGAUCCAUCAGAAACAAAAAAUAACAAUGGUUUUGUUUCAUUUAAUAUGGAUACUGAUGAAAAUAAUUCUAAAAAUAAAAAUAAUUCAAGCAAUAAAACAAAUUUAUAUGUACCACUUAAAGUUAAAAAAAUGCAGGGUAAUCUAAAACGAACAAAAGCAACAAAAAUAUCAAAAGCUUUUUUACAAGUCAAUAAUCCAUUGGAUUUUCUCUGCAAUCAAAUCCUUCAUUAUCCGAUAGAAACAAUAUUAUUCUGUCUUGUGAUGCCCCAAGCAGCUGGAACAUGUGAUUCAUUAUUGGACAACAAUGGUAUGUAUAAAUUAGUAAUAAAAGCAUUUUUAAAUGAUCCAUUUUCAAUUUUAAUAAUAUUAUUAUCACUGAGAUCCAACAAAUCAAUAUUAAUUCCUUCAAACCACUUGGUACCAAUGAAUGUUAAAUUAUUAUAUGUCAAAAGUAAUUCAUCUAAAUAG